AUUUUCAAAGUCCUAAUUUUACAGUUGCUUAGUCGGGCCCAGCCUUACUCAAGAGCUGAAGCCCUUCUUCGCAGUUGCCGAUCCGUCUCCGACCACUCCUACGAAUUCUUCUGGAAGGCUUUUCCUUAUUGAUGAUUGGCUGAUUGAUCAGUAGAUCACCUGCUGCUGCUCUUCAAUUGUUGUGCUUCGAGGUUUGAGAGUCCAAUUUUCAUCCCAGUUGUUGAUCUGUGUGCAUUCGAAAAUCGACAGGGAUGCAGUUCUUCGGUGGAUCAGAGAUUAGUCCGUCGCCACCAGCACCAACAGCGUCGGGAAACAAUGCCCACAUGAUGUAUGUGUUCAACAGGAAUGGCGUGUGCCUGCUUUACAGGGAAUGGAAUCGCCCUCUCAGGACCCUCGAUGGUCAACAAGAUCACAAGCUCAUGUUUGGUUUGCUUUUCUCUCUUAAAUCCUUAACAGCCAAGAUGGACCCGACUAGUGUGGAGAAAGGUAACCUUGGGGUGCCUCAAUUACCGGGCCAGGGUUGUUCAUUUCACAGUUUUCGUACUAAUACAUACAAACUUAGUUUCAUGGAAAGUCCAUCUGGGAUAAAGCUCAUCUUGGUCACUCAUCCUAGGACUGGUGAUCUGCGGGAAUCUCUGAAGUAUAUUUACAACCUAUAUGUCGAAUAUGUUGUCAAGAAUCCACUCUAUGCUCCAGGAACUCCUAUCAAGUGUGAGCUAUUUAAUACAGCUCUCGACCAAUAUGUAAGGGGCAUCGCAUAGCGUCUCAAAGGUAGUGAUCUUCCUCCGCCUGGUUAUUUGGUGUAAAUGCUGUGCACAUGACCAAAGAUUGAUUGUAAAUGUGUUUGAUGCUCCAUUUCAAACAACGAGACAAAUCUAAGUUUCUUUCUGACAGAUUGCACUCUGUUCUCAUCAAGUACUCCAGGACACUUGGUUCCCAUGCCGGUCAGUGCAUAGUUAGCAUCCUGUGCAAAUUCUUAUUGCAAAGAUUUUUUUUUAUCACGAAGAUGCUUCAUCAUUUUUGUGGAUGAAAUUCAGAAUAUAUAUUUUUUCUAAGGCACUAUUUUUUCCCCUAGGAGUGAAAAAUGUAUUGGGAGCACUGAAGCAACACCAUAAUUUGUCAUGCCCUUAUUUUAGUGGAAAGCUUUUGUUGUCUGUUUCUCCCUUAUGGACUAUGCUAUCUCACCAUUCAUUAUUUACUGAUGAGUUUGAAGAUUC